UUCCGGUAGCGACCGGGUGGAGGAGGGCAGACCAGAUGGUUGGCUCGUGAGCGGCCGCUGGCUCGGGGCGGGGGCCGCGGCGACUUGCUUGGCGGAGCCGGCUCGGGCGGGGAAUGGAAGUGGGGAAGAUGGACGAGAAUGAAUGGCAGUACCAUGGGGAAGGGAACCGGAGCCUCGUCGUGUCCCACAGCCAGCGCUGUGUGGUGCUGCGUUUUUUGAAGUUUCCACCAAAUCGCAGUAAGACUCCAGAAGAAAUCUUGCAUCACCUGCAAAACCUUGUCGAUUUUGGAAAACACGUCAUGAAACAGUUUUUUGGGGAGAAUUAUGUUCAUCCUGGGGAAGUUGUUCAGCUACCUUUGAACUUUGUAAAACAGCUCUGUUUAAAAAUCCAGUCUGAGAGGCCAGAGUCUCGCUGUGAUAAAGACUUGGACACGCUCAGUGGCUAUGCUAUGUGCCUUCCUAACCUCACCAGGCUGCAGACCUAUCAUUUUGUGGAACAUCGGCCAAUACUUUGUGUAGAGAUUAAGCCAAAAUGCGGCUUCAUUCCCUUCUCCAGCCACGUUUCACAAGAGAUAAAGCAUAAAGUGUGCCGCUACUGCAUGCAUCAGCAUCUAAAGGUAGCAAAUGGAAAAUGGAAGCGAUUGAGUAAAUACUGUCCCUUAGAUCUCUUCUCAGGAAGUAAACAGAGAAUGCACUUUGCCUUGAAAAGCUUAUUACAGGAAGCACAGAACAACUUAAAAAUAUUUAAGAAUGGUGAACUAAUUUAUGGCUGUAAAGAUGAUCAGGACUGUCUGUCUGACUGGAAUGAACUUGCUCGUCACUUAAAACCUCUCUUUUUUCCUUCAAAUGGAUUGGUCAGUGGACCACAUUGUACAAGGACAAUUAUUAAAGAGUUAAUUCACGUAAUUACAAUGACUCUAUUAAGUAAUACUGAUGCCUGCAGAGCAGGUGAUAUGAAGACAGUUCCUAUUUCACAAGGAAGGAGUUACUGUGAAGCAAGUACUUUCAGUAAGGAGCUGGUAAGAAAUGGUAAACAUAAAAUGGAGGGCUCUGGCUUACCAAGGGGCUGUCUGCUUUAUAAAACUCUUCAGGCUCAGAUGCUUGAUAUGUUAGAUAUUGAAGGACUUUAUCCCUUAUACAGUAGAGUUGAACAGUACUUAGAGGAGUUUCCUGAAGAGAGAAAUACAUUGCAGAUAGGUGGACCUUACAAUGAAGCAUUUUAUGAGAAGCUGCUAGAUCUUUCAACUGAAGAUGAUGGAACAGUAGCAUUUGCAUUGACAAAGGUUCAACAGUACAGAAUAGCAAUGACAGCUAAGGACUGUUCCAUCAUGAUUGCCCUUUCACCUUGUCUCCAGGAUGAAUGUUCUGAGCAAAAAUCUGUGGUUUUAUCAUCCAAAUCAAGAUUCACCUUUUCAGUCUCUGUCCUGGACCUAGAUCUUAAGCCAUAUGAAAGCAUUCCUCAUCAAUACAAACUUGAUGGCAAGAUAGUAAACUAUUAUCUGAAGAAUGUGCAAGCCAAAGAAGAUCCAGUGAUGUCAAAUCUCUUUAAGGAGAAUGAAGACUGCAUAGUUCUCCAUAAAGUGUAACAGUUUCCUUAAAACUAUUUUUUGUUUUGAAUUCUAACACUUAAUGUAAAAGUUUAAUGAAAUGUAAUUACACUGAUUUUUUUUUUCUAUUGUGUUUAGUGCAUUUUUAGGCUGUGAAUGUAUUUGCUUUGAGAGGUUUUUUUUAAACCCAGAAGAUCUUUCAAAGAAAUGAAAUAGCACUAAAACACACUUCCCAGCAUAUAACUUUCAACGAAUGUAUGCAAUAUUACAGAACAGAUGCCUGUCAUACCCUGCAACAAGAAUACAGAUUGUUGUUAGUCUGCAUCCUUUAAAAGUGAAUAACUACUGUGGAGCACAGAAUGAAAUGUUCUGGCAUAACUGUUUUAUUCUUUAAUGUAGAGUUAGGAAGUUCUGGCUCUAUUGCACUAAUGCAGAACGUUCAAUCACUACCGUAAGAAUUACCUUGCACUUGUGCAUUUUGAUAUUUGCUUAUACUUAUGGAGUGGGAACUGUAUGAAAAAAAGUUAACUAAAAAUGAAGCAGCACUGAGCACAAAGAAAAUGCAUUACUGAAGUUUAUUUUAAAUAAACUGUCCAUUGUCCGUUUAAUUUUUUUAAAAAGGAAUUGCCACUAAAUUGUCAUAAUUGCUUAUUGGUGCCAAAUGUGUAUAAAGCAUUUAGUGCAUGAGAUUGAGAAAUCCAGAUUCUGCUUUCAAAAGUUUAGUUAUCAGGCUUGAGAGGUUUGUGUAGUAACUAGAACAGCUAUAAGUAGACAUUCAAAAAAUGUGUGAAAAGGGUUAGUAUUUUUUAGUGUACAAGCCACUCUUUUUCUAGUGUGUAAAUUUGGUGGCUGAAAGUACAUCAGUCUUUGACCCAACCAACAGUUAUUUUGUACACAAUAUGUGCUGCUAUUGAAGGACAGUCUUGUUAAUUUAAUGAAACUGGAGCUAGCUCUUCCUAACUUAGAUUGGGCUAUAGGAGUUGCAUGCUCCGUUUCUUAUAGUUUUGCAUAUGGUUUUGGACUCUCAGAUUAAGUGUCAGAAUCAGAUAUGCUGUUGUCUCUGCAUUUAGCACAGCUAGUUCACUUUUAUGCUUGUUCUUGAAGAGGAGUCAGGCUGACUGAAGGAGGACCUUUUUCUUGAGGAAAGAUUUGACAGUAUCUGCUUGUAUUUUGUGAAGUUUGUCUUUGUAAGGUGACUUUCUUGAUGGUGGUUGUCACUUCAGCAAAUGAAUAAUGGACAUACUUUGCGUGGCAAACAACUUAAACAUAUUCUGCCAGUCUGUAUGUAUUUGUGGAUGAGAUGUUCUUUUCUGAGUCUUGUAAGCUCUAAAACUGGAAGAACUUCAGCUAGUCCAAAACUUAGAACAUGAAGUUGGAUUCAGAAUGGUGGGUACUGUGGUAUAACUACUGGCUCUUUCAGCUAUUACUUGUUUUUCUUUGCAUGUCUGAGGGUCAUGUACCCUACAAAUGUAUAAUGUGAUAUUAUUCAAACUACACAAAAAGCAGCCUUUCAGUAUACAGUGCAUGUGUACUGGCAAUGAAUUUCUAAAUAUGUAGGUCUUUAAGACAUCUCCUUUAUAAAAGAUUCAAUAAAGUUAUAUUGACAACUUUAAAUAUUACAUUUAAAUAGUUCCAAAAUCUUAAAUCCUCACCUGUGUUCGGGAGUAGAACCCAUGCGCAGUUGCAUGAACUCUUGACCAUUAAACUUGGGCCCAGAGUGGUGGUAUGAUUUUUAAAAGAAAAUUAACUUUUAGAAAUAUUGCUGCACAGUGGGAAAUGAAUAAUGCAUAAUGUAACCCUUUUGAACUCACUGUCAGCUGGUAGCAUGAUUUGCUGGAAUAGGGUUAUUUUUGGUAUUCUUUACAUAAUUUUUACAUGUGAUAUAGCCCUUACAGCAAUCUGGGCUCAUCAAUAAUGUUUCAUUGCAGCCUGCUAUUGGUAGGUGACUAGUAUUGUGACAAUACCACCUUCUGAAGCGAUCAAGAAGACUGUGCUUAAGUGAGCAGAGCCCCUUUGGACUGUAGACAAAGUGAAAAAUACCAACAGCAAAAGUGUUUCUACUUUAAAAGGUUGAAGAAUUGGUUUUAAGUUUCAGGUUUAGGCUAAAACUUUCCUGUGUGACUAAAUGUGCUGACAGUAGCUUGUUUUCAUUUUCUUGCAGGAAAGCUCUAUUAAGGCUUGCUGUGAUAUGUAUAAUAGAAAUGGAACAAAUUGGUUGGCAUAAAGAGCAAGGGUUAUAUGGAAUGAAAACAGCAGUGCACAAGGGACCUAGUAACAUUUAGCUACUGCUUACUUAUUUGGAUUAGCAGAACGCCAACCAGCCUUUCUUAUGUUAGACUUUUAGAAAGCUGUAAUUGGUAAUUCCUGAGUGUCUGCUAAUGCCUAGCAUUACUUUGCUAUGUGCUCAUUUGGGGAAGGUGGGGUGGGGAGAGAGAGGGGAGUGGAAAACCUCUGAAUCAAGACACAGUCUAAUUGGCUGCCUCAGUCUCUAGUUACUUUUGGCCAGGCGUAAUGAUAGGAGAAGAGUAUUCCUAACUAUUAUUACUAACACACUAUUAUGAUGGCAGUUUUGAAAGUUGUUACCAGAAAGCAUCCUACUAUGUUAAAACUGGUUGGUAUAAUCAUAGAUCUGGCAGCCCUGUCCUGGUUUUUUUGAAUAUCACUAUUUCUAUAUGCUUCCUCAUUUCUUUGAAUGCAUACCUGUAAAUCAGCUGAGAAUAAGAAGCAGACAUGUAAUGUGUGUAUUAUAUCUGCUAAGGAGACCAAAGUUGAUGUGCAUCAUGACUUCCUGAGUCUAGAAAAAGCUUACAAUAAAUGUAUACAAAAAGUACGUCAUCUAGGUAGUGUGAAUUAAUUUUAGGGUUGACAACCGUCUCCCAGUUUUUGAAAAAAUAGGCAAGUUGCUUGUGAUAUCUGGGUGAGGAUACUACAAUGCUUCUGAAAAGUAGUGGCAAUAUUGACCCACUCCUUCCCUACAAAUGUUACUGUAUUUUACCUAUUUGAAAACUAUUACUUCAUUUGUGAAGGUUUAAGUGGUAGAAUCUGUCAGAGGGGUAAGGAAUGUAGCAAGAGACAACUUUAAAUUGUUUCCUUUAUGUUAAGGGAAGCAAAUAUGUGAAAUGUGUUUACUUGUUUACCAGAAUUAUUAAAUUAGCUGUACAAAGCAAGGUUAAGCACUAUUGCCAGUAGUAAACUAUCCCUUUGAAUUAAAAAAUGUGUAAGCUUUCAGUUGUUUGCCAUGGGUUUUCUUUUUUUGCUCCAAUUAAUGAUUUGUGAGAAUGGGGUUCUAUUCUGCACCCACAAAUUAUGGAAAAGGAAGCAAAAUUAUUUCAUGCAAUUGGAUUUUUUUGUGCUUUUCUUUACAAACUAACUGUUUUUUAAUUGGCUAUGAUGAUCACUUUACCUACAUUUAGUAACAGGAAUACUUGAGGAACUUUAUUUUUCUUUUAAUGUCACUUUUUUUUUCGAGCCAUGAGGCUGCUUACAGACAUUAUAAAAACAAAAUAAAACAACACCCCCUCCCAAAUGGCGCUUUACUUUUAAACUCAGUGUGCUCCCACACCAAACCCAGCGCACACCCAGAAGAGGAAUCAUGUUAAUUUGACCUGGCCCACCCAAUGUCUAUGGAUUGGGUGCUUUAGUGGGCCUUUUUGGUGCUUUUAUCUAAUAGCUGAUUGAACUGGCUUUAGAUAAAAGUGGCAAAAAGCCCUGCUGAAGCGCCCGACCUUUACAGAUGCUGUGGAGUUGGGUUGAACUAUCACGCUGCUACUUCUGGUAAUAUCUGUGUGUUUGUUUUUUAAUAUCUGUAAGCAGCUGUUAAGAUCACUGUACUUGUAUAGAGCUGUGAAGUGAAACUUCCACUUUUUAUGGACUUGAAUUUGACAGCAUAUGUUCUUGUAACACUUUCCAGAUACCUAGAAAAUGUUAAGGACACCCCCCCCCCCCCCCCCCCCCGGUACAUUACUGAUUCAGAGAGUUAAAUUUUAUAAUGAAAUUCACUCUGUACAUGUAACUAUUUUAUUUGGCAUUUUGUAUUUAAAUGGCUGUAUUUAUUUUUCACAUCAUGACAAUUUAUAUAGAAUGUGCCAUAAUUGUACAGAUAGCAUGUUUUAUGGGUAUGGUUUCUAAAUGGAAAAUAACUUAAUGUUUAUAUUCAAUAAAAAUUAUAGAUGGUAUAAUUCA